GCCUGAGUUUAAUUCACUGCUCAAAGUAAAUCAGGGUUGCUGUAUAAUGAAGAAGCUUCUGCUGCUCUCCUCUCCACUCCAGGACUUUAAAGAUGAUAAUGAACUAUCAUCAACAAUGACAUAAACCAAGCCAAUCUGUAUGUGAGGAGGACGUGAACAUGAAGAGAACAAAAGAAGUCAGAGAAAAUGAGAUAAAUGAGGAGGAGCAGCAAAGGUGGGGCAAAGGGGAGCAUUCUGAAGAGAUAAAAACAGACACUGAGUUACCGGAGGAGUUCUAUCAUUGUCUUGAAGAUCUACCCUGGAACCUGAACUCACUGGAGCAGUUACUAUAUAUCAGCCUACCAGCAUGGGUACAAAGAGCUUUGCUUUGUAACCUAGCAGAACAGUUUGGCAUCUGGACCUUUCACAACAACAUCUUGCUGUGUCGUCUCAUAUCCUAUGCCUUACUGCCGUACACUCUGCCCACUACAACUGUCUUCUCGUUCAUCUGUAGAUUUUUGCGCUGGGCGAAGAAACUUCCCCACCAGGCUCUGAAUGCAGUCAGGGAAUUCAAACAGGAAGUGAUCAAACACCUGCGGUGCGCCCUCGCACACUUGAGAAGACUGUUGCCGAACAGAUUCCUGCUUUUGCAAAUUCCACCUUUGGUCCCCACGCCUGCUCCAUUUCUUGCACCCUGGUCCUGUCUCCCCCCUCUUUCUUUGACUUUCCUUCCAUGUUCCUCUCUUCCUUUACUUUCUAUUGCUUUGCGUUUUCUGUCCUGCCGUUUUCCUACUUCAACCUGGAAGAAGCAUCCGGAGCGCAGGAGCCAGACCCAGCCUCUGUGUUUUAGACAACGAUCUUUCCUCUGUUUCCAGCUCGCUGGAUCCGGCGGUUUCUGCAAAAAGACUGAUAACAUCAUUACAGAUGCAAAGCCACUAUCUUCAACCUUCCUCCUGCAGCUCAACUUAAAGUUAGAAAUGGACAGCCAUUCUGAAACACCACAGCUUCAGAAGGACACGCUAGAUUAUGACAGAAGAGCAUUACUAGACUUGGACAAGCACAGGAACGCAGAAGUAAAUCUCUCUUCUCCUUGUAUCUCCUACAUGGAUGUGCAAGAGGAAGACUGAAGGACAGUGCGUUAUUUAUUGCAGACAAAAGUCU